GGCAUUUGAGACCUAAAAAUACACAUGUCCAAUUAUGGAGGUGAGCACAGUAGUGAAUGGUGGAAAGUUGUGUGCAGGGGCAGACUGACAACUCAUGGGGCCCCUGGGCAAUAGGGGAUCAUGGGGCCCCUGUGUCCUUGUCCAAACUCAAAAAAGCCUAUGAAAAAGGUACCAGGGGCAUCUCAUGGGGCCCCCUACUGACCCCGGGCCCUCGGGCAGUGCCCAAGUUUCCAAAUGGUCAGUCCGCCCCUGGUUGUGUAUUA